AUAUGAAUUUUAUAUUCAAUAUGGCGUUGUGGAUCUACAGGAGACUAGAAACAGGAUCAAAGUAUCAGACAGAGUGUACCAUGCUGGAUUUAGUAAAUCCCAUGGUUUCUUUGACAUUGCUAUAUUAACAUUGGAAGAAUCUAUUGAAUUUGAUGACAAUGCUCAACCAACGCAAUUACCUGAACCAUGGGCCCUCACCCCUGAAAAUGCAUCGUCUGUUUUGGCAGGUUGGGGUUUUCAACAAACAGGUGGAAAUGUUAGUCGUCAUUUGAUGAAAGUUGAUUUAACUGUAUUCGAAGAUGAUGUCUGUGAAGCUACUUACAAUGAUACUAUGAAAACAAACAGUGAAAUUCAGUUGUGUUCUGGUGUAGUCGGAGGUGGCCGGGGACAGUGCAGUGGAGAUUCUGGGGGUCCACUAUAUGCUGAUGGUGUCCAAGUUGGCGUCGUGUCUUGGUCAUUGAAACCGUGCGCCCAAGAAGGUUUGCCUGGAGUAUUCACCAAGGUAUCGAUGUAUCUUAGAUGGAUCAACAAGCAAAUCCAAAACUCUAAUUAAUAAGAGAAACAGGAUGUUACUUGUUUUUUGUAGAUGGAGUAGGUGUACAAAAUAA